UAUUGUUUCAAAUAAAUUAAAAUAAACAGCCCACUUUACAGGUAAAAAUAAUAAUAAUAAAAAUAAAAAAAUGAUCAUCUACACCAAAAUAGACUUUCGUGUAAGGUGCAAUAUUAGGAUAGUACAGGGAUCUAUACGUAUAUUUUACCCGUACUACUAUAUAAACCCUGCCGCUCCCCUACUUUUCCUUUCCCUCCAAGAAUUCGAAUACUCCACUCUCUCUCCUUUCCCCGUGCUCUCUCAUGGCGAAUCCAAACCCUCUCCUCCUCCUCCUCCUCUUUUCCCUCCUACUCCUCUCUCUCUCUUCUCCGGCGAUCUCGGUUGCUGAGACGGAGCUCGACGCCGCGGUCUCCGCUCUCCGAUCCCGCGGCUACUCCCUCUUCGGCAACGCCAUCUCCGCCUCCGACCUCCGCCUCGACCUCCUCCUCCUCCCCAACUCCUCCUCCUCCUCGACCUCCGCCGCCGCCGCUGCAUCCUUCACCUUCUUCGCCCCCACCGACCCCGCCCUCUUCGCCCUCGACAUGGCGUCCCCCGCCGCCUCCUACCUCCGCUACCUCCGCUACCACGUCGCCAUCGGCCGCCUCCCCCUCCCCGCCCUCCUCGCCCUCCCCAACCCCUCCCUCGUCCACACCCUCCUCCCCGGCCGCCGCAUCUCCAUCUCCCGCCGCCGCGACCCCGGCACCGGCGCCGACGUCCUCGCAGCCAACGGCGUCGACGUCGUCGCCCCCGGCAUCUUCGACGGGGGGGCCAUCGCCGUCCACGGCCUCGACGGGAUCCUCUCCCCUGUGCACCACCAUUCCCCUAUCCCUCCUCGAUCUCCGGAUCCGCCCUCGGCUUCGCCGGAUCUGAGCCUCCCGCCGUCCGAUCCGCCCGAUUCACGGUCUCCGGUGCCGGCGCCGUUCGAUCUCAGCGCCCUUUUCCCAUCGAUGGCCCCCACGAUCGCAGCGGGGGCGAGCGCCCCCAUUUCGACGCCUUCUACGGCGCCGAUCUCAUCGCCGGAGCUAGGGUUUCCGCCGGAGGGGUUCCCGCCGAGUGCUUCCCCUGCCGCGAGCCCCGCGGCGGAGACGAGGGUUUCGUGGAGCGGCGGCAUCGGAGCCCCGGCGAGCGAAGGGUCGGAGUGGUGCUCGGCGAACGCCGAGGAGGGAGGAGGGGGGGGGGUGCGGCGGUGUUGUGGCGGCGUUUCGUGGCCGUCCACGCCCGCGUUGGACGGCUGAGAUCGACUACUACGGCUUCUGACGUGCCGAUCCCAGUAGCCGGCGGGUUCGGACUCGGGCGAGAGAGAUGGCGGCGUCGGGGGCGGAGG